GGAUAAGUUCUUUAAAAAAAGUAGGAAUAAAAAAAAAUACCUGACCAGAUGGGGCAAGAAGUUACACAGUUCUGUAGACACUAAUAUCCCUCUGUUUAUCUUGUACAUUCAAAUUUAUCUCAAAUAAACAAGGGAAUAUGAUACAUUUGAUAAAUUUGUGAAUUUUAGUUUCGACUUUAAAACUAAUGGUGCUGAAAAUAAAGUGUAAUGAUUUCAUUACGCCACUCAAGUCAGCUGUAGAUCUUUUAAAGCUAGGAUGUCAAAAAGGGGUAGAGUUUGAAUUGGAUAAUGAGAAUCUCUGUUUAAAUGACAACAGCAAUGUCAUUGAUUAUGGUUCCUAUGAUAAAAACCAGCUCUCUUCCAACAUUUGCUUCAUGUCUGAUGAUGAGGACGAUAGCUCUGAUGAUGGUGAAUACAUGACAGAAAUGGAAAGAUUGUAUAGAAAAAUGAAAAGGAUAAAAAAUAGUGAUAUUACACCAGAACAAGAUGGUGGAGUUCUGAAACAAAUGAAAAAACCAGGGUUUGGAAAAACUGUCCCAGAGAAAGCAUUAGUUCAAAUUCAUUACAAUGCCUACUCAGAAAUAGGUCAGCCUCCUUAUGACAGCACUCGUAUGAGAGGAGAACCUAUGAAAUUACGGCUUGGACAAGGUGCUAGCAUACUUGGGCUGGAGCUGGCCAUUUUAUCUAUGGCUAAACAUGAAAUAUCCAGAUUUCUCAUUCAUUAUUCAUAUGGCUAUGGAGAGAUGGGAUGUCCACCUCGCAUUCCUCCGAAGGCAACUUUGAUUAUUGAUCUAGAAGUCAUGAGUUUUACUGAGCAAGAUGGUGUUGAUGACUAUUAUGAUCUUACUCCAGAAGAAAGAAGAGCUAAACUGAAAUAUGUUGAUAUUGAAAAAGUUGUCAAUGUUGAAACAGCUGAAGGCAAGCAAUAUUUUGACAGUAAAAAUUACCAGAAGGCAUCCUACAAGUAUAGUCGUGCUCAGAAUAUUCUAGAAGAGUAUCACUUGAAAAAUGAUGAAGAAGAAAAACUCUGGACCAAGCAGCUGUUGAAGGUUUACACCAACUCUGCCAUUUGUCAUCAUAACCUGAAACAAUUUGGGCGCACCAUCCACUUCUGUAAUGAAAUACUUAAAAAAGACAAAAAUAAUGUCAAAGCUCAUUACUUCAAAGGCAAGGCAUUACAUGGUAUUGGAAAUUUUCUGGAGGCCAAAAACAGCUUAAAGUUGGCCAGAAACCUUGAUCCCAGCAACACAGCCAUCUCCAGUGCCUUACAGAGUCUUGCAAAAUCUAUGAAAGAACAAGAAUUGUUUGAGAAAAACAUGUGCCAGAAAAUGUUUUCUAAACCCAUUUAUAAUGCCAAGUCUGAUACUGAUGUGUUCAGUGGAACUGAGAAAAAAGAAGAGACUCCUAAAGAUGAGGGGGAUCAACAAACUUGUUCUGAAGAUUUUAGAAAUCUAGUAGAAGAGCAACUGCAAAAGUUUCAGAAAGAGUCUGACAUGACAGAAAUGCCAUUUCCAUGUAUUCAAAUGAACAAUUUGGAAAUAGCCUGUAUUCUAGAGACAGCAGACAAGUUAGGCUUGGGUAUUAGGAAGCGAGGAACGGGAUCCCAGUUAAGGUAUGAAGUCCACAAAAAAUGUAUCCAACCAGAUGAAGCCAAGUAGAUCAUUUCAUCAGAACUGAUAGUGUACUCUCAUUGAAAAGGCUAGAUGAGAUUUGUGGUUCGCUGGUCUAUUUACAUGUUGUUCAAAAAGAGUGAUCAAGAAGAACCUCUUAUUUGUCAAAAGUUUAUAUUUUGAAAUCAUUUAUGGUUAUUAACUAUGUCAUUUUAUAUUAUUUCAGUUGACAUGUUAUUUUGGAAUAAAUUGUUCUCUAAUAUAGUA